GAUGGAUACCCAACUAUCUUUGGUGAUACUUAUUUCCUUUUGACACCCGCCUUGUAGCGUCCCAUGCUGCAAACCCUCCAAGCCAAGUGACAAGCCCAGCUCUACCUGCACUCCUCGCUCCUCGUCCUCUCUUCUCUGAGAAAACAGCAGGACUGCAUAUUAGAUUCACUGUGGCUGAAACUGCUGCUAAUUGAUUCAGCUGAGAAAAGACCUCUAUUCGGAUCAACUGAGAAUAAAGAAACUCUAAUCUGAGGCUAGCAUACCAAAAAAAACCCAUCAAGUUUAUUGAAGUCCCUUGAUACUUGGUCACUGAAAUGAUGUCCUACAUCAAACAGCCUCAUUAUGCAGUCAAUGGACUAACCUUAGCUGGUACUGGAAUGGACCUUCUGCACUCAGCUGUAGGAUACCCAACAAACCCACGGAAACAAAGAAGAGAGAGAACAACUUUUACCAGGGCGCAGCUGGAUAUUUUGGAAUCCCUCUUUGCUAAAACACGUUACCCUGACAUUUUUAUGAGGGAGGAGGUGGCUCUAAAGAUAAAUUUACCAGAAUCCCGAGUGCAGGUCUGGUUUAAAAACAGAAGGGCAAAAUGUCGCCAGCAACAACAGCAGAGCACUGGACAAGCUAAGCCUCGACCAGCUAAGAAGAAGACAUCCCCUGCCAGGGAGACAAACUCAGAGGCAAGCACCAAUGGGCAGUACAGUCCUCCUCCUCCUGGCACUGCAGUUACCCCUAGUUCCUCAGCUAGUGCAACAGUGUCCAUAUGGAGUCCAGCCUCCAUUUCCCCGAUUCCAGAUCCUCUCUCUGCUGUGACUAAUCCCUGCAUGCAGAGGUCAACUGGCUACCCAAUGACCUAUAGUCAGGCCCCUGCUUAUACUCAGAGCUAUGGAGGAUCUUCAUCUUAUUUCACAGGGCUGGACUGUGGAUCCUAUCUGUCUCCUAUGCACCCACAACUCUCUGCUCCUGGUGCCACCUUGAGCCCAAUUGCCACACCUACAAUGGGUAGCCACCUCAGCCAAUCUCCGGCAUCCCUUUCUGCCCAGGGAUAUGGAGCUGCCAGUCUUGGCUUCACCUCAGUGGAUUGCUUAGACUACAAGGACCAAACUGCUUCAUGGAAGCUUAAUUUCAAUGCCACUGACUGCCUUGAUUAUAAAGACCAGAGCUCAUGGAAAUUUCAAGUCUUGUAAAUCUGAUCAAGUCAAAGCCUCAUUUUCAGCAUCCUUCACUUCAGCAUCAACUGUGCUUCAUAUUCCAGCUCUAAGAGUGUCUGGAUUGGAAAUCUAAUAAUGGAACAAACACAAAAACAUUUAUAACUUUAUGGCCUUUUGCCAUUUAAUCUUUUAGAACAAAUUGCAUGUACAACUCAACAGUUUGAACCUACACAAUGUAAUUUCUUCUAAAAACUCAGCACACAAAGUUAAUUUACUCAUUUCCAUUAUUAAAAACGUACAAUGACAGCAAAUGUAGGGGAGAUCAUUAAAAGCACUUUGGAUUGAGGCUAUGAUAACACAGUCCUCACUCCUUCAUCUUGUUGUUGAUUGGGAAAUUUCUUGUGAUAAAGUAAACUUCAGGUUAUCAGCAUCAAACCUGCUUUGCUGAACAUUUUGCUUGUUCUUCCCCAGCCACCAAAGAUUUUUCAGUAAUCUCUGGAGUUAAAGUACUCUCAGUAAUCUCUGCAGUUAAAGUAUUCUCCAGCUAUCUACCAAAGUUUCAAAAUGAGAAGUGAAUCAACACAGCCAUCCUUUGUCCUUCAUGUUACAAUUACUUGACCUCCGAAAAUAUCUGAUCACCUUCACAGGAGGUUCAAAAGAUGCAUACCAGCCACCUGCUGCAAAACCUGUAUUUGAACCCCUACCAUAAAUGAAAAAUUAUGAAAAGUAUUCUGCUCUGUCCACUUAAGGACACAAUGCCUGAACUUGAGGAAAGACUCACAACCAGUACAAAGGCACAGCCCUCUUUAGAUAUGGGAAUCCAAUCUAGCUGAAGACUUAGACGGCUCUUCAUGUACUAGAGCUAACACAAUCACUGUAGUUCAUUACAAGCAUUGCACAUUUAUUUGAACAAACAUAAACUCAAGACUCACAACUAACCAAUGAUAUUUUUGAAUGGAGUUAAUUUAUUUUAUAAAAUGUUUCUACCUACCCACCACUGUAUGAUUUAUCAUACCAUGGAAUCCUAUAAAUGAGAAGUGUUUUUCCGUGUUGUGCUUUCGUCUUUGUGUUGACUAGCAUAGUCCUAUGUAGGGGUUUGUGUCUGUUCCGCCGAAUCAGUACAAACUUUCUCUUAGUUCUGUAAUAUUAAUUAAUUAAUGUUGUGACAAAAAAUAUAAAUGUGCAAAAUAUUAAAAUUAUUGUGUUAAACCACAA